AUGGGCGCACAAAAAUCAAAAUCAAGUUCCACGACAAGGAAGCAUGGUAAUCAACCGCGACAACGCAUGGUUCAAAACUGCCUCUUAGUUUGGGUGGAUCGCAACAUCGAUGAAAAGGAGCAAGACUGUCAGAACACUUUGACGCAUUUACGAAGUGUUGUCAAUGAUGUCAAUCUAUACACUCAACCAGAUGCUUGCCUUCAAUUCCUCAACAGUAUCGGUGACGAAAAGGCUUUCGUCAUCAUAUCGGGAUCCUUAGGUCAACACUUAGUUCCCGAGAUUCACGGCAUUCCACAAGUGAAUGCCAUCUACAUCUUCUGUAGCAACAAAUCCAGAUAUCAAAACUGGAUAAAGAACUGGCCAAAAGUCAAAGGUGUUCACACAAAUAUUAAAGAAAUCUGUGAAGCACUGACCACGGGUGUUAAACAACAUAAUCAAGAUUCCAUCGCCAUGAGUUUUGUCACCGCAAGAGGAGAGGGUUCCAAUGCCAAUCUAAAUCAACUGGAGUCCAGCUUUAUGUACACGCAAAUAUUUAAGAAGAUUCUCCUCGACAUGGAACACGACAAACAAGCAAUCAGAGAUCUAGCCAAUUAUUGUCGGCAGCGUUUUCAAGGCAACAUCGCAGAGCAAAGUGCUAUUGAUAAGUUCGAAGGUGAAUAUCGUCCGGACAUGGCCAUUUGGUGGUAUACACGCGAGUGUUUUACUUACAAAAUGCUCAAUCAAGCACUUCGCACUUUGGAUGGCGAAGUCAUUAUUAACAUGGGAUUCUUUAUUCAUGAUCUACACAAACAAAUACAACAACUACAUCAAGUACAAGUCAGUAGUUACGGGCGAAAACCUUUCGUAGUCUACCGUGGACAGGGCCUAUGUAAAACAGAUUUAGACCAGUUAUCAAAAACUGUUGGUGGUCUUUUCUCUUUCAACAAUUUUUUAUCCACUAGUACCCAACAAGAAAAAUCUCUUAAGUUUACCUACCGCGCUCUCCGUGAUCCCGACAAGGUGGGUGUUUUGUUUGUGAUCACAAUUGAUCCGACUAUUGCUGCAACUCCAUUCGCAUCGAUUCGAGAUUUUACUUAUUUCGGAGGCGAAGCAGAGAUCCUGUUUUCCAUGCACAGUGUGCAACUUCAGUUGACUGCUGAUGACGAUCCACAACUGCGUGUGUUAACCGACCGUAUUGAAAGUGAAGUUCGAGGUAGUACAGGAUGGCAGCGUUUGGGUAGAUUAUUGCUUAUACUCGGGCAGUUGGAUAAAGCAGAAGAACUCUACACUGUGUUAUUGGAACAAACGUCUGAUAAGAAUGACAGAGCACUCUAUUAUCAUCAACUUGGCUACUUAAAAUAUGAUCAAGGUGAUUAUAAAAUGGCUACAGAAUACUAUGGAAAAGUACUUGAAAUUAGAGAAACAACUCUUCCCUCGAAUCACCUGGAUUUGGCUACUUCAUACAACAACAUCGGUGCGGUCUAUGACAACAUGGGAGAGUACUCGAAAGCACUUCCAUUCCAUGAGAAAGCACUUGAAAUUAGAGAAAAAACUCUUCCCUCGAAUCACCCUUCAUUGGCUCAAUCGUACAACAACAUCGGUGCGGUGUACAUGAACAUGGGAGAGUAUUCGAAAGCGCUUUCAUUCCAUGAAAAAGCAGUUGAAAUUAGAGAAAAAACUCUUCCUUCGAAUCACCCUUCUUUGGCUACUUCGUAUAACAACAUCGGUGCGGCGUACAUGAACAUGGGAGAGUAUUCGAAAGCACUUUCAUUCUAUGGAAAAGCACUUGAAAUUAGAGAAAAAACUCUACCCUCGAAUCACCCUUCGUUGGCUACUUCGUACAACAACAUCGGUUUGGUGUAUGACAACAUGGGUGAGUAUUCGAAAGCACUUUCAUUCUAUGAAAAAGCACUUGAAAUCGACGAAAAAACUCUUUCUUCGAAUCACCCUUCGUUGGCUACUUCGUAUAACAACAUCGGUUUGGUGUAUGACAAUAUGGGUGAAUAUUCGAAAGCACUUACCUAUUUCGAACGCGCUCUGGGCAUUUGUCAACGUGCAUUACCGGCGAAUCACCCUCAUAUGAAAUCUGUAAAAGGAAGUAUCGAAAUUUGUAAAAAAGCAAUGAAGAAAUAAAAGCUUUCAGCGCAAUCCCUAUGGGAUUAAAAUGUGAAACCCGACGCCAUUGGCAUUCCUGGUAGUGAUCCUAUCGGUUACGGUCUGUGACGGGGUUUUUAGCCUGUCGGUCACAUGUCUGUGGGGGGGGGGGGGGGGCCCACAUUUUUCCCCCCAAACCCCGAACCCCUCCCUCCACGGGGUGUUUACC